AUGCUACUUCUAACGCUACCAUUCCUACUACCCCUUUCGCUUACAGCCUACUCAAUCAAGAAGAUCCACUUCAAAGAGACGGAGAGGCUCAAUGUGAAGAAGAUAAGAGCUUGGCUCGGCGACUCAAUGUGGUUACUGGAGCACCCUGCUAUUGCUGCUGCUAAUGAUGACAACAACAAGAAGGAUAACUACCUUUUAUUAUACCGCCACAAGAUUGGGGUGGUGGCCAUCGAUCUUGCUCGAUUCGAGAAUGUUUGUUUCGAGAUGUCUUUGCCAAGAGAAUAA